AUGCUUCUCAUAUUGAAGAGGAAGAAAGCAGAUGGAGCACCCCAGCUACAUAAAGCCAUUGCCGGCCUCCUCGGAGAAGAUGCAAAAGUGCUCAGUAAGGCACCACAGGAGGAGUUCGAGAUCAAAGACCUCGACGAAAUUACAACCAAGGAGGAAGUACUUGAAGCACUACAGGUGGCAGCUGGAGACGAGUAUACAAUCGACUCAGGAGCAGUCAAGUCUAUACGCAAGGCUUUCAGAGGAACUCAAACUGCAUCAGUGACGCUUGCAGCAACCGCGGCGAAGAAGAUCGUGGGAGAGCACGGCAAAAUCAAAAUAGGUUGGGUGAUUUGCCGUAUGAUCAGAGUGGAGCGGCCGGUCAAGUGCUUCAGGUGCUGGCACUACGGUCAUCUUGCCACUCAAUGCAAGAGCGAAGCUGAUCGAUCAAAGUUGUGUACCAGGUGCACUGAGCCUGGCCAUAAAAUUGCCGAAUGCAAGAAGGAGCCCCUAUGUGCCUUAUGCACAGAAAGAGGCAAUGCGGUUGAUAGUGCUCACGUCGCUGGUAGCGGUAAAUGCCCAGUGCUUAAGGAAGCACUCCAGAAGCUCAACAAUAAAAGGCGACAAUAA